GCUUCACCCUAAGAACUGUCUGGGAGUGCGGCAGUUUGCAGAGACAAUGAUGUGUGCAGUGCUCUACGACGCUGCCAACAGCUUCAUUCAUCAGCACUUCGUGGAGGUAUCCAUGUCCGAAGAGUUCCUGGCACUGCCUUUUGAAGACGUCCUGGAGCUCGUUUCUAGGGAUGAGCUCAACGUGAAGUCUGAAGAGCAGGUGUUUGAAGCUGCGUUAGCUUGGAUACGGUAUGACCGAGACCAGAGGGAGUCGUUCCUCCCUGAGCUCCUGUCCAAAAUCCGCCUACCCCUUUGUCGACCUCAGUUUCUCACUGACCGCGUGCAACAAGAUGACCUGGUCCGCUGCUGCCACAAAUGCAGGGAUCUGGUUGAUGAGGCAAAAGAUUAUCACCUCAUGCCAGAGCGCCGGCCACACCUCCCAGCGUUCAAGACCCGUCCUCGGUGCUGUACAUCGAUCGCAGGAUUGAUUUAUGCUGUUGGAGGACUUAACUCAGCAGGUGACUCACUGAAUGUGGUGGAAGUCUUUGAUCCCAUUGCCAACCGCUGGGAGAAGUGCCAGCCAAUGACAACGGCCCGGAGCCGAGUCGGGGUAGCGGUGGUGAACGGACUGCUCUAUGCCAUUGGCGGCUACGACGGUCAGCUAAGGCUGAGCACCGUGGAGGUUUACAACCCGGAGAUGGAUUCCUGGUCCAAAGUAGAAAGUAUGAACAGCAAGCGAAGUGCCAUGGGAACGGUGGUGCUGGACGGCCAGAUCUACGUAUGUGGUGGAUACGACGGAAACUCAUCCCUCAACUCCGUGGAGUCCUAUUCUCCGGAAACAAACAAGUAA